AUGGGCGCCAGGAAAAGAAUGGGCCCUGCUACCAGAGCGCAAGAUCGCCUGCACUCUAUGCGAUUGAGAAGUGAGAGAAGACUCAACAAGCACAAUGGAAAGGAAGAUGCCAGCAUGGAGGAUGCCCCGGAGGUCUGCGAGACCCCGACCGCGCCUCCUCGAGAGCCCACCACCCCACAACAACCACCAGAACAGCUGAGACGUGAGAUACCGAUGCAAGCUCAACACUUCCCUUGCAAUCCUCCUGAAAACCAGUAUCCACCCACACAGCCUGAACGGGAUACCCCUCCUACGACUACGGCCCACGAGUCCCCCCAAAGUCAACUGGGCUUAGAACUCCAAAGCCACAUUGCAGCAGCAGUGGCAUCGAAAACAGCGCAAAUAAAGACCACCGGAGAUGAAGUUCUAGAGCUUGUCUCCAUGGUUAGCCAGAAGGUCAUCGAUUGGGAAAAGCAGAGCCUACAGGGAGCAGCCUCCUUGGGCAGAGACAUUAGGACCCUGGUCCUCAACUUUGGAAAGAACCUAACAACUGGAGAUCCUUCUGAACAGGAGAAUUACCACCCCCCGCACCCGGCACACAACAGCUAUGCCAAAACUGUUGGAUCCCCAUAUAACGCCCCCAGGCCACAGCCCAAGCUACCCAAGGCCACAGGCAAGUCACCACAACCAGAGAAACCUCUGCGCAUUUUUCUCCGCCUCUCCAAGGACCACCCAGCCCGUCAAGCUAGCCCGUACGCCACAUUGGACAUACUGAGGAAACACCUGGACGGGACCUGUUCUGCAGCCAUUAAAGAGAUCCAACAAGUGCCCUCGGGCUUGGCAAUCUGGCCUAAGGAUGGCCCGGGCCUCCAGCUCCUCAUGGAACAUAGGGAGCUCCUGGAACGCCUUAUACAGGGAGCCACAGCCGAAGUUGAACAGAAAUGGGCUAUCUACGCCCUACCAAACGCGCCCCAGCAGUAUAACAGUUAUGAUGGGAACCAAGUGCCCAUAACCGAACAGAUGGCUCUGGAGGAAUUUAAGCUUCAGACAGGCCUCUCCCCUCUGAAAUUUUACCGCUCAAAUAAGAAUCCGCUGUCUGGCACCCUUGUCAUGGCAGUCCCAGAAACUCAAGUUCAAACAGUGCCCAAAUGGGUCCAGCUCUUCGGCAAGAACACACCAAUCAAGCAUAAACCCCCCGGGCCCGCAUAG